CGCGCAUCGAUAAAACCAGACAUUAAUUCUAGACGAGAACAUCAAUUAGCAAGACUUACCCAUAUACUUCACUCCCUUCGCGUCGCUCCUUUAAUAUACCCACUUCAACCUCGACUUUCGUCUUUCGUACAUAAAAGAAAAUUAUAAUUAAUUAUAAUCAAUAUGACGCGCGCGCAGCAGACCAUCUCCAUCGGCCUUCUGGUCACAUCUCUCUAUCUCGCCUUGUACCUAAAUCUUAUUCCUCUUCCCGAACUAGUGCAGACCGAAAUCGUCCCCGUUCUCCCCUUCUGGGCUCUCGUCUCCUUCGGCGCAUACUUGCUCUUCCGCCUUGGUUGGAACGUCAUGACCUUCAACGAUGUCCCUGAAGCCCAUAAGGAACUUACGGCCGAGAUCGAACUGGCUAAGGCUGACCUUCGGCGUCUGGGCGUUGAUGUAGAUUAAUUGCCAUUUUUGAAGAGAAGAUGGUACAAGUGAGGUGAAAGAGUCUUGGGAGAUGGAAACUCACAAUUCGUACACAAACCAAUUGUUCCCAUGCUUACCUACCUAAGGUAGGGUAGCUUAUACACUACGACUGCCUACCUAUGUCAAGAUACAGUGAGAGUAUUCCAAAAGGAACAGGGGAUACGCCGUUCAAGGCCUCAAGGUGUCUUAAAUUGCUGGUCGGCAAGCUCGUCCAUUCAUCUUCGACUCCGCGCCCGCGACUAACCUGAUCGAAGAUAUAUAAGAAUUAACAAGAAGCAUCACAUAAUCCCACAGUUCAGCCUUUUCUACUUAAUGGUUCUUUGCGUGAUAGGCUUGAUGUAAUUCUUGUAGCUAUGCUCACAAAGGUCGAACAAGGAGACGCAAUCCCCAGUCGUUCUAUCCUAGAAACCCUCUGAUACAGAAUACCGAACACACGGCUGACUGGCUAAACUUGAUGGACUUCAGCAAUUGAUUUUGCUUCGAUUGUACUCUUUCUUCUUCUUUACUCUCCAACCAACAAUGCGAUUACUGUCUUUAGAGCCUCCAUCGGAUCCUUAUUCUCCUGUAUAAGCUUGUCAAAUACGCCCGGUAUAUUUGUUAAGCUACGCUUUUUGUCUUGUCCGUGCCCUAUAGCAAGUUAGAUAAUCCGUAUAUACCCAAGACCCUAUCUUAUACAUUGACUUACACUUCGCUGGAGUUUCUAGUAA